GAGCCGUCUUCCUCCGCGGCGCCAGCGUCGGCAUGAUGGUAGUGCUGCAGCCCGACGACGUCGCGGCGGGCAGCGAGGCCGAGAAACACGUGCUGCUGACGGUGCAGCCCCGGGUGGCGGCCGGCGCGCUGCAGAUGGUGGAGUUGCCGGCGGGCAUGGUGGAUGGGGGCACGUUUGCGGGGGCGGCGGCGAAGGAGAUUUGGGAGGAGCUGGGCUUGGAGAUUCGCAGGGAGGAGCUGACGGAUUUGACGAGCUUGGCGAUUCAGGAGGGGGAGGGGGAGGAGGAGCUACCGAGGGCCAUGUUCCCGUCGCCGGGUGGGUGCGAUGAGUAUGUGCCGCUGUUUUUGUGUGAGAAGAGGGUGCCCAGGGGACAGUUGAGGGAAUGGACGGGGAAGUUGACGGGGUUGAGGGAGGAGGGGGAGAAGAUCACGUUGAAGUUGAUCAGGUUGGAGGAUCUGUGGCGGGAGGGAGCGAGGGAUGCUAAGGCUUUGGGCGCAUGGUCGCUCUACGAAGGCUUGAAGAGGAGUGGGAAGUUAUGAGGCGGAUAGUAAUCAAGGAUUCAUGCCAUGGUCAUGUUCUAUUGCCCAAGCGUGCUAUAACUUCAAUCGUUGUGCAAUCUCGAUUCCCUCAGCCAGCGUGC